AAUUUUCCUCCACCAGUAAACUACAAGUAAAGAAGACUAGAAAACACUAUUAAAUGUGAAUACUCAUUAUUGCUGAUCCCAUUCCUCCACCAGCACUCUGUCUUCCUCAACUAGACAGUACUAUAAGAUAGGAACACCCCGGUAAAUUCAUUACUCCACAUUAAUCGACAUGGUUUUUGGUUAGUAAUACCAAUAAAUUCAUUCCCCCAUUUCCCUUUUCUUCCUUUUCAAAACCAUCCAUUUCCUAUUCUUCUUCUCCCCAAAAAUGUCUAUGCCGAUGCUAUCUCCCCUGUUUCUGAUCCUUCUCUUCUCUCUCACAUUUCGGGCGACCAAAUCUACCGCCGUUCAACGGAACCACCCGAUGCGGCUGAGAUUUGGGAAAAAUGGGGAGUUUAAGAUACUUCAAGUGGCGGAUAUGCAUUAUGCUAAUGGGAAAGGUACCCCCUGUGAGGAUGUUCUUCCCUAUCAGAUUUCUUCUUGCUCUGACCUCAACACCACCGCCUUUGUUCGCCGGAUGAUUCUUGCUGAGAAACCGGAUUUGAUUGUUUUUACUGGGGACAAUAUCUUUGGAUUUGAUGCAACGGAUGCUGCAAAAUCAUUAGAUGCUGCAUUUGCUCCAGCAAUUGCUUCCAAUAUUCCUUGGGCUGCUGUUCUGGGAAACCAUGACCAAGAAUCUACUCUUUCUAGGGAAGGAGUAAUGAAGCAUAUAGUUGGGUUGAAAAAUACUCUUUCUAAGGUUAAUCCUUCAGGAGUAAAGACAAUCAAUGGAUUUGGGAACUACAAUCUCGAGGUAGGUGGAGUGAAGGGAUCUGAUUUUGAGAACAAAUCUGUUCUAAAUCUGUAUUUCCUUGACAGUGGUGAUUACUCCACAGUUCCUGGGAUUUUUGGCUAUGGCUGGAUUAAACCUUCUCAACAGUUUUGGUUUCAGCUUACUUCUGCCAAGCUCAAGAGAGCAUACAUGAACAAACCAUUCCCUCAAAAGACUGCUGCACCUGGGCUAACAUUCUUCCACAUACCAUUGCCAGAGUUUUCAAGCUUCGAUGCUUCGAAUUACACGGGUGUUCGACAAGAAGGGAUCAGCUCUCCUUCUGUGAAUUCUGGUUUCUUUACCUCCAUGGUUGAAGCAGGAGACGUAAAAGCAGUGUUUACAGGCCAUGAUCAUCUCAACGAUUUCUGUGGGUUGCUUACUGGGAUUAACCUUUGCUAUGGUGGAGGAUUUGGGUACCAUGCUUAUGGCAAGGCUGGGUGGUCUAGGAGAGCUAGAGUGGUGGUGGCUAACUUGGAAAGAACAGCUAAAGGAAAUUGGGGAAGUGUUAAAUCUAUCAGAACAUGGAAACGCCUUGAUGAUAAACAUCUCACACCUAUUGAUAGUCAAGUUCUUUGGAGCAAGAGCUGAUCUCUUGGUGGCGUUAAUCUUUGAGAAGUGAAUAUAAUAAGAUCCGCUCUGCUAUGAGAAACAUAGCGUUUUUCUGUAUCCAAUUGAUAAAGAAAGUUAUCGUAAAGGCAAUGUAAUAGAAACAAUUGCUUUUCUUUUUUUACAUUUUUUUUACUAUAUGUGAGAGGGGAAUUAUAGUUGAUCUUUUUUUCUUAUUAUUAUUAUAAAAAAGUGUGAUCUUUCCCUA